CGCUGCUGAAGAGCAAAACAAGGAAAGAGAAAUCAAAAUGUCAAAAGACGUAGAUAAAUGGAUAGAAAUCGCAAAGGAAUGCAAGUACUUACCUGAAAAUGACCUUAAGUGGCUGUGUGACAUGGUAUGUGAGUUGUUAUUGGAAGAGUCUAAUGUUCAGCCUGUCAACACUCCGGUCACAGUAUGUGGGGAUAUACAUGGACAGUUCUAUGACUUAAUGGAGCUGUUCAGAACUGGUGGACAGAUGCCGGACACAAACUACAUUUUCAUGGGUGACUUUGUGGACAGGGGCUACUACAGUUUGGAAACAUUCACACUCCUCCUCACACUCAAGGCAAAGUGGCCAGACAAGAUUGUCCUGUUGAGAGGGAACCAUGAAAGCAGACAGAUCACACAGAUCUAUGGGUUUUAUGAUGAGUGCCAGACCAAAUACGGAAAUGCCAACGCAUGGAGGUCGUGUUGUAAGGUGUUCGAUCUUCUCACUGUCGCUGCAAUCAUAGACGAGUGUAUCCUAUGUGUACAUGGUGGUUUAUCCCCCGACCUGAAGACCAUUGAUCAGAUCCGGACCAUCGAGAGAGCUCAGGAAAUCCCACAUAAGGGAGCAUUUUGUGAUUUGGUGUGGUCAGACCCAGAGGAGGUUGACACUUGGGCCAUGAGCCCCAGAGGAGCAGGUUGGCUGUUUGGGGCCAAAGUUACAAAUGAGUUUGUCCAUAUAAAUGGUCUCAAGUUGAUAUGCAGAGCUCACCAGUUGGUCCAUGAAGGUUUUAAAUACAUGUUUGAUGAGAAACUUGUCACGAUAUGGUCAGCACCGAACUACUGCUACAGAUGUGGCAACGUAGCUGCGGUCAUUGAAUUCAAGGACCCAGAUGUACGGGAGGCGAAAUUAUUCAAAGCAGUUCCAGAUAAUGAGCGGGUCAUACCAAGUAGAACAACUACGCCUUAUUUCCUUUGAUACUCGAUGACAUUGUUUGUUUUUUUUCAUUUGAUGGAUUUUAAUGAAAUGACUUAACUGUGGCAGUAUCAGCAUGGCUAGGAUUAUAUGAAUGAUGAUGUCACUGGUAUCAGUAUGUCGCCCAUUAAUGCUACAUAACUAAUUGUCUUAAAUUUUGACCAGGUUUUUAUAGCAGUUUUUCUGAAAUUUUGCUGUUGGUCCUUAAAUACCAAUAAUCUAUAUCGAGUUAUUUAAAUGCAUCAGAUAAAAUAAUUCUAUCUUUGAAAAAUCUAUAAACUUGCCUACUUUGACUCGGAGCCGAUGUAUUUUUUUGGACUAAGGAAGACUUCUAUACUAUGUACAGAUUUUAAAUGUGCUGUUAUUUGUACCACAGAUACAUUAUUCCGGUAACUUUGUGUAUUUAAUGCUCGUUAGAAAUUGAAAUAACAUAAUGAAAUACCGUAAUCUAUAAUUGUUGUGAUUCUGGUUUUAUGAUUAGCAUUAAAGUUUAAUGUGUUACAUUGUUGCUCUAUUAACAAUUGGGUUUCAUUUUACUAAAAAAACACAGCUAUAAAGGCAUGGAAAAUAAAUUCUUUUAGAGUAAUAUGUAUAUAAUCUUAAUGUUAUAUAAUCUUAAUGUUUUAUUAUUACAUAAUCAUUUUAACACAUUGUUUUUUGCCUGUUUUGCCAUGAUCAAUAAGAUAUCAUUAUUUUUACAAUAAAUAUAAAUAUCCUCCAUGAUACAUCAAAUUUAUUCAUAUGCCAUUAUUAUUUGGGUCAUUUUCUUGCUAAGUGUCAUAAUUUGGGUAAAAACAUAGUAAGUUUCUUUAAAUACAACCUAGAUAAAAAACAUAAUUCACUAAAGGCUAUUCCAUUUAAACAUAUAACCCCCAGGGGGAAGGCACUUUUAAAUUAUGCCAUCCCCCUACAGAAGCAAUUUUACCCUUUUGGGAUCCAAAUUAGCAAAAAAGACACACACCUAUAUACUAUUAAAAUAAUUGCCUUCCCCCCGAGGAUUAUAUGUUUUACUGGAAUAGCCCUAAGUUGAAAAUGUUCACAUAGAUGCUUUAUGAAUUAAACCAGUUGCCCCAUUUUCUUGAAAAUACUUGAGUGAAUGACCUUAUAAGGAAAUUUAAGGCAAAUAAUUUUGUUAACAUAUUAAAAAAAUAAAAAUACAAAUGUAUCUAGUUCUCUUCUAUCAACUUUAUGCACAGGGUUUAAAUAGAGAAUUCAGAUUACCGGUAGUAUUAAAGAAUUUUUAAGAAACCUGGACCUGUUUUGUUUGUCACAUUGUAGUGACAGUCACAUUGACCUAAUAUUAACACUGUCAAACCACAAUACAAUUCUGGUGUGUUCUGCACUGAAAUGAUAGCAAGUACAGUUCAGGAUGAGCCAAUGUAGCAUGUAUCCAAAAUUGUCAUUAGUCUUGAUGAUGUAAAUGAUGUAUAUAAUAAAAUGUCAAAAAACUAA